CGCCCGUCGCUCGACACUCGUAAUCCCCGCUGCCGCCGCCCGCUGGAGCACCGGGAAACGCAACCAUGGCGCUCCCAAACCCAACCGGCGACCCCGCCGCGCGCCCGCAGCUGCACGUUGGGCCGCGCGUGGAGCUGGAGCUCCUGCUCCCGCCCGGCAGCGCGGCGCCGUUCGACCUGGCGGCGGCCGUGUGCAGCCACGGCCUGUUCAUGAUGGCGCCCAACCGGUGGGACCCCGCCGCCCGCGCGCUCGUGCGCCCGCUCCGCCUCGCCUCCGACCGCUCCGUGUCCCUCCUCGCCCGCGUCUCCGCCCACCCAGCGCGCCCGGGCACCGCGCUCCUCGUCGCCGUAGAGGGCGCGGGUGCUCUCUCCUCGCUCGACCAGGACUGCAUCCUCGAACAAGUGCGGCGGAUGCUGCGGUUGUCGGAGGAGGACGGGGCGGCGGUGGCGGAGUUCCAGGCGAUGCACACGGCGGCGCGGGAGGCGGGGUUCGGGCGCAUCUUCCGCUCGCCCACGCUGUUCGAGGACAUGGUCAAGUGCAUCCUCCUCUGCAAUUGCCAAUGGGCAAGAACAUUGUCAAUGGCUACUGCACUGUGUGAGCUUCAGUUGGAGCUGCGACAUUCAUCCAGUAUUGAAGAUUUUCAGUCAAAGACACCACCCAUUAGGGAACGUGAAAGGAAGCACAGCAAGAGGCAGUGUGUUCGUGUUAAGCUAGAAAUAAGAUUUGCAGAGGAUAAGUUGGAGGGUCCAACACUGUCAAGUGGCACUAGCAAUGAUUCAACACAAUCGGAAACAAAUGAAGAUUUGCCUAGUUUACACUCAGCUGCAAGUGGAACAGGCAGCAAAUGUGACUCCUUGUCAUCCUUCAAUACUUCUGAGCUUAGCUUGAACAAUGUUCCUGGCCUGGAAAACUGCAUUGGUGAUUUCCCUACGCCAGAAGAAUUGGCAAAUCUUGAUGAGGACCUUUUAGCCAAGCGCUGCAGUCUUGGAUAUCGAGCAAAGAGAAUUGUAAUGCUUGCACGGGGCAUUGUAGAAGGGAAGGUAAGCCUACAAAAACUUGAAGAGAUGUGUAAAAUAUCUGUACCAGCUGCAGAAGAGGUAUCUACUAUCGAAUCCACCUAUGAGAGACUGAAUAUUGAGUUAUCUGCGAUCUCUGGAUUCGGCCCUUUCACCCGUGCCAAUGUGCUCAUGUGUAUGGGCUUUAACCACACGAUCCCAGCUGAUACAGAGACAAUUAGGCAUUUGAAGCAGAUUCAUAAGAGACAAAGUACCAUCAGUUCUGUUCAUCAUGAAUUAGAUAAAAUCUAUGGCAAGUAUUCGCCAUUCCAGUUCUUGGCAUACUGGUUUGAGUUAUGGGGCUUCUACAACAAGCAGUUCGGGAAGAUUAGUGAUAUGGAACCAUCCAACUACAGGUUAUUCACUGCAAGCCACUUGAGGAAAGCAAAAAAAAACUAGAAGCAAGCAGGACUGGAUAGUUACAGCCUUACAGGCAUGACCCAUGAGGCGUCUUUUAUUUUGUAAAUGUGAUCAGGACAACAUAGCAGAUGUUUUUGUGAUCUUAGUAGCUGCCCACUAACCUAUUUAUUGGUGUGGUUCAAUGUGAACAGAAUAUUGUUUCAAUCUCCGUGAAUGAUUGAAAUGCAGAAACAAGCAUUUUGGUGGUAUACAGACCGCUUGUAGCAAG